AAAUACAAAGACUACAUUCCUUUAUUAAAGAAAGUCGAAGGCAUAUGGAGCGAAAAUAAGUUCGAAGAACUCUCAAAUCCUGAGGUAAACUUGUUUGAAACUACUUGCUGCCACCAGUUAGAUAACCAUAACUUAAGGAAAUUAUGGGUCGAAAUUAUGGUUUAUCCUAACUUCUGGUGAUGGUGAGUGUCCUAGAUCGUCCUAGAUCUCCUAGAUACAACAACCAAGACUUGUUCGUACUAUAUAUACCAUGAGAUUUUAAACCGAGAAAUCAAGAAACAAUAGUACUCAGGUUCCCAUUGUUGCAUGUGACUUCAUUGUUUAUACGUGCCUGUUCGUACGUGAAGUGCGUUGACUGGAAAGAAUUUCAAUUAAGCUUAAUGACUGUCAUGGCCUCUCUAUCCAAACGCGGGUUUUCUUACAAAUAUUUUACGGAUAAACUGCAUGAAGCUCUKAAAAUAGCAAAUCAAAACCAGCAUUACGAUGAGCACGUUAAUCCAGAGGGUAUCAUUAAUCUAGGAACCAGUCAAAAUAAACUGAUGUUUGAUCUGUUAAAUGAGAAGUUCAGUGAUCCAUUAAACCAUCAAGUCCAUGAGGAAUACACACAUUAUGGUGGUGAAAUAGGAUACACAAGCUUUAGAGAAGCAAUUGCAAAAUUUCUAAACCAUGUAAUGAAACCAGCCAAGUCCAUAUUGCCUGGGAACCUCAUAACAUUGAAUGGAUGUGGAUCAGUUGUUGAGGCACUUGGUUUGGUGUUAGCUGAUCCAGGAGAGGGAUUUUUGACACCUGCACCUUAUUAUGGAGGGUUUAUAACCGAUCUCCAAACAAGAGCAGAUGUAAAAAUCGUGUCGGCUGAUAUACCUUCUCAGAGAAGUGAUGGUCAAUCAGGUUCUCAAUAUCAACUAACUGUGGACAUAUUAGAGAAGGCAUAUAAUGGUGCAAUACAGGAGGGUAUAAAAAUCCGUGCUCUUUUGCUUGUUAACCCCAACAACCCAUUUGGAUAUAUUUACACUGAGGAGGAAAUCCAGGAGUAUUUGCAGUUUGCACAUCGAAAUGAUAUUCAUGUAAUCAUGGAUGAAUUGUACUUACUAUCAAUAUUCAAGGAAGGUUGUACUAUGAAAAGUGUGCUGAGCUGCAAAAAUAUUCCAGACCCUAAACGUUUGCAUGUUCUUUGGGGCCUGAGUAAAGACUUUUGUGUCUCUGGUUUUCGUUGUGGCAUUCUUCACACUACAAAUCAAGAUGUAUUUGACUCUAUUGAAAAGUUUGCUGAGUUUCAACAAGUUUCACCUUUGGUUCAACACAUAUUUASGAAUAUUCUGAAUGAUUUGGACUGGAUAGAUAACAUUUACACUCCAACYAAUCAUCAAAGACUUAGAGGGAACUACAAAACAAUCUGCGAAACUUUACAAAAAUGUAGAAUUCCUUUUGUGGAAGCUGUGGCUGGCUUCUUUGUUUGGGCUGACUUCAGACAGUUUUUGAAGAAGCCAACUCACAAGGAUGAAUGGAGAAUAUUCAAUAUUUUCAUUGAUAAUAAACUGUACAUUAUGCCUGGAAUUGCUUUUGCCUCACAAGAACCUGGUUGGUUUCGUAUUGUCUUUUCACACAAAUCAAGCAUUCUCAGUUUAGCAAUGGACAAGUUUAUAAAGGCUGUUGAUGUUUGCAGAAAAGAACUGGAAAAUUAGAAAAAUCUGGCAGUGCUAGUCCAGAUGUUCUCUGCUGGUCCAGGCAUCAAGGGGAUGAACUACUACAAUAAUUUUUACUCUCUGCUCAUGCAAUCUUUUUUACUCUGUGUAUGGUAUAAAAUGUCUAACCAUAAAAUUAUACUAUAUGAUAUUACAUGAAAUGAACUAA